AUAUCAUCUGCUGAUAAUUCUUUUAUCAAAGGAUGGCCACGGACAGGGAGAGAUAUAAGAUCAGAAAUUCUCUCAUUUGUUUACUUAAAGCAGUCGAAGGAAAAGUGACAACGGUCGAACUAAGAAAUGAAAGCACAGUUUCGGGAUUUGUAGAGCAUGUGGAUGCUUACAUGAAUGUGACAAUGACUAAUGUGAGCUUCAGAAAUUAUAAGGGAAAGGUCUCAAGCUUCGACCAGUUUUUCGUGCAAGGUGUCAAUGUAAGAUUUGUACAAAUUCCAGACGAAGUAGAUAUGAAGAAAGCCAUCGAAUAUUAUGCAAAUAUUGAUAAAAAUCGUGCAGAGGAGAUCAGAGAAGAUUUGAGGAAGGCAACCAAGUUGAAGAUGCAAAGAAAAGAAAGAAACUUCAAGAAGCUACAGGAAAAAAGAGCAAAGAGUGAGAUGAAGUUGCAUAAAGAACAAGGAAGCAAAAUAUUUAAUGAUAAAUUGAAGAAAGAUAAUGGCUGAAACUGCACUAAUUUGGAAUUUCCUGAAAGAAUGAAUAUAAAAGCGAGCCGAAUAUGAAUGACUGUUGGUAAAUAGAAUGUCAAAGGACAUGAAACUCACGGACUAAAUAUUAAGAAAUUUCCAUUGAUCCUGCAUUAGAAGUGUAAGGAGCUUGGACUUAGUACAGUUCAAUUAUGUUUGUUCGUAAUUUAUGAAAGAACUUAAUUAUUAAGAUGCUUAUAGACAAGAAGUAGCUUCAACUUGGGUAACUGCAAAUCAAUUAUGUGAAUUUGUAGUUGUGGAAACCGAAAAAAUGUUGUGAAUUGAACUUCAUCAUAAGAUUUCUAUUAGAAACAUACUUGAGCUUUGAUUUCAGCUGAUACAAUGUUAAUUAGAAAAUUUGAAACCAGAAUUUUUUUAUAAGCUGGUAUCAGUUUAAGUGUUACAUGUACUAUCAUUUGGUUACAGUCAGUAUUAACUAAAACUGAAAGUUGGUUUUGAAAUAUAUUUUCUUCUAGGCCACUUUUUUCAGCUCCACUAUAUAGUAAUUCGUAUUCAUUCAAAUACAAUACAUGUACUAGAAAGACAGUUUUAGAGGUCAUGAAAUGCUGGCUUUAUGGUCACAGAGAAUUUCCAAUCAAAUCGGGCAUCAGAUAGCAGAAGUAAUGCUGUUUCUCAUGUUAAUUAAAUAAAACUGGCCUGAAAGCCAAAAAAUA